UUUCCUACUCACCUGCAAACGUGAGCGAAGUGGGUGUUUGUAUCAGUGGGUGUGUAUGUCAUAACUGACGCUGUUCGCGGAUAUGCUGACUCCACUCUCUCGGAAUUCAUGAAAAUCUUUUAAUCUCCGCUUGUGCAACAUCACAUGCGCUCGAGCCGAGGCGCAAUAUCCUGAGCACAGAAUGCAUCCAGGUAUCUUUGAGAAGACCAGCCUUUACAACUCACCUCUGUCAGAUCAGAAGUGAGCACACAAGAGGGACACCGCUCUACAAUUAACUGGGAGACAACUUUACGCGCACUGGAGACAUUUCCAUCACUUCUUCCCAUUUUUGGCUCAACUGAGCAGGUGUUUUAUGCAAAGCUGUUUUUCAACUUUCUCACCUGUCUUUUACGGACGUCUAUCUUCAAGUCUGCUUAAAGUGAUCGACAUCAACAAGAUAAAUGGAUAACAGCCCUGGUGGUGGAGUCAUCCUGUACGCAGGCUCCUCUGGCAGUUCGAGCCCCAGCCCUGGCAGCCCCUCCAGUGGGUACCAGACACAGUCCCCUUCUUUACACUCCCAGCCCUCAUCUCCAGAGGAGGUCACCUUCACAGAGAUUGGGACGUUUAAACAUAGGGCAGCUGGGUGCACCACCCCUUCCUCCAAACUGAUAUUCCAGUUCCCAGAAGUCUACAGUUCCCCCCCAGCAGCAGCCACUCCACAGCACACCUAUGCGCACCCCAUCGCAGGAAAGAGGCCUUGUGGAUUCACAGGAACUUUCACAAAGACGGGUGGAAUGGUUCUGCUAUGCAAAGUCUGUGGGGACAUUGCAUCUGGUUUCCACUAUGGAGUGCAUGCAUGUGAGGGUUGCAAGGGUUUUUUCCGCCGCAGCAUCCAGCAGAACAUCAACUACAAGAUGUGUGUCAAGAAUGAGAACUGUCUGAUCAUGCGCAUGAACCGCAACCGAUGCCAGCACUGCCGCUUCAAGAAAUGCCUCUCUGUUGGCAUGUCAAGAGAUGCUGUGCGUUUUGGCCGCAUCCCCAAGAGAGAGAAGCAGCGACUUCUGGAUGAGAUGCAAAGCUACAUGAACAGCCUCAAUGAGUCGGCGGCCAUAGACAUGGACUCACCUUCAGUGAGGGAGCCUUCCAGCAGCCCAGAAGAUGGCCACUCAAAAGAAGCCGUCGGGGCCAUCUCCAGAGCCUACCGUGAUAUCUUCACCAGCAGCAACAGCCACGAGAGAGCAACCAAGGCUGCAAACAUCACUACCAACAAUAACACAUCUCCCUUUUCUCAGGGUGCCAGUUUUACCCAAGUCUCCGCUCACCCCACCUCCGCCCUGAGUUAUCAGUCUUGCCCUGUUCCGUCUGCCACUCUAUGCCCAGUUGUCCCUAAUGACAACCAACCUACAUUCCUCAAUGUGGACAACAAUCGCUACACCUACUUAGUGUCAACAAAUCAGAAUCAUGAUCAGUCUAACAGUGCAACCUCUCAAAAAGGCAGCUCUGCCAAUCAUAACAGUUUUUGUAAUGCAGGAAGUACCCAAAAUCAGCCCACCUGCCCAUGGAAAUUAGCUUCAGGAGCUAAAGUGCUGGCCUGUCCUCUCAAUGCGUGGCCUGUAUCAGGGGCAGAGCGCACGAGUCAGGAGAUAUGGGAAUCCUUCUCGCAGUGUUUCACUCCUGCUGUCAAGGAGGUGGUAGAGUUUGCCAAGGGCAUCCCAGGAUUUCAGGAGCUUAGCCAACAAGACCAAGUCAUGCUGCUCAAAUCAGGCACCUUCCAGGUUCUGAUGGUUAGGUUCUGCACCUUGUUCAAUGCUGAGGAGCGUAUAGUGACUUUCCUGAAUGGCCAAACUUACCCCCUGUCCACCCUGCGGGCCUUGGGCAUGGGCUCUCUGCUGGACGCAAUGUUUGACUUCAGUGAGAAUCUGGGCUCCUUGGGGCUAGAACCUGAUGAAAUGGCCCUCUUUAUGGCUGUGGUGCUGGUCUCUGCAGAUCGUUCUGGCAUCACAGACAUGCGGGCUGUGGAGCAACUACAGGAUGGUCUGAUCCGUGCCCUGCGGUCACUGAUCACUCGCCGCCGCCCAGAUGACACCACUCUCUUCCCCAAACUCCUCCUGCGCCUGCCCGACCUGCGCACCCUCAACAGUCUGCACUCCGACAAACUGUUGGCCUUUCGCAUCGACCCAUGAGGAGACGCUUGUUCAUGGAGCACACAGCCAUGAACUGUUUUACAGAGAAAUAUAUGACACCACAGAGACACACACAGACACACACAUAUUAUCUUCCAAGGACAGGACUUCCUUGACAAUUGAGGAAAAAAGGAAUUGUGCAAUCUGGGGAGUAGUUUUCAAAAAGAUAAAUGGGGGCAUUAGUGAACAUAUUUUUGACUCACUAUUGAUUUUCAUGCUAUGUUUUGGGACAAAUAAACAUACAACCUCAACACCUCUUGAGAGACAUUGUUCCAGUAAAAAAAACAAAUAAUGGUCAUGUAGAUUUAGAUUACCCUGUUGUGCACUUGCUCAUUAUAUCCAGUGUACUUAAGAAUAAAAGCCAGUUCACUUCUGUUUAUUCCUUAAGCCGUACAGUAUCGACAGGCAGCAGCUGAAAGACAGUUAUUAUUUAGGGACCAUUAGAGAUGAUUGACAAUGUCAGCCUGUGUUUAAGAGAAAGGGAACCUGUAUAUAAUACAUAGCAAAAUAUAAAAUGUUAAGGUAAUUAUGUGUCAAUGUUUCACAAACAUACCAUCUGCAUUAUUACUGGAAUGAGACCACUAUUUUAAUGUGUCACUUGUACACAAUAGGAUGCAUUCUGUUUCUUACUAUUUUUGACUGAUCUUCCAGAAAAAAAUGGCACACCUUGGUUUUAAAUAUGCCAACUUCAUAAGUCAACGGCAUUUUAUUUUAUCUCAAAAAAACAUUGUGUCUGUGUCAUUAUAUUGUAUGACAGCUGUACUGAUUGAGACGCCUCAUGCAUGUUGGGUUUUGUAGUUCCUUUGUUUAUUUUUGUUGCUGUAAAUAUUAUGUUACCCUAGUGUUUAUGUAUCAAUGACUGAAUUGAUGUGAUGGAUCGGACAGAUGACUUUGGUAUAAAGACGAAUGUACUGUCCUUCCUGCAAUUGGUGGGGGUUUGGCCAUGCCAAGGGGGCUUUGCACAGGAGAAUAUGUAGUAGGGAUUCUCAGACGGCUUGGAUGCAAUUCCUGCUAUCCGACGAUGAAACCAACCAGCAUAAUCCCUGAAAUCACCAGCACUCACUCCACAUGCACCCUUCCUCUGCCCCCAAUGUUUGUCAUACAAACACAACAGAUAUUUCUGGGUGAGAGAUCUUAUUUGAUUGGUCUUCUCACUGUUUGAUUGUGGCUGAUUGAGCACAUCUUGUACAUUUUGUAAAUCUUUAUUCCUAAAUAGAAAUGAUAAAAUUAUAUAAAGUUUGAAUUAUGUAUUACUCCGCUUGUGCGUCACUCUUUUGUGUCCAUUCGGGCAAAAUGGUGUAAUGAAGAUGUAGUCAGGACCAGUGGUGGAAAGUAACUAAGUACAUAUACUCAAGUAUUGUACCUAGGUACAAUGUUGAGGUACUUGCUGCUUUUAUGCAUGCUUUGUACUUCUCCACUACAUUUUAGAGGGAAAUGU